AUGCCCGGCCCCAUAGGGUUCAUCGGCCCCUCUGUUGGCACAUAUGAUGCCUUUAACAACCUCCUGCCUCCAAUGAGAGGAGGGCACCCCCCUGAGCUGCCCAGCUGCCCCCCUACCUACGAGUCUAUUGAUGAGCUGUCUAUUAAACCUUCUGAUCGAUCCCAGGUGUCUGGCCCCGGGCCUUCAUCCCAGAUCUACGAUAACAACGCCCUCCCUGAGCUGCCCUCAGUUCCCAACACGCUUCCCACUUCCUCCUUUGGAGUUAGACGAAACACUGCGAGCUCUGAUGACAUCGACUUUGAUGACCUGUCACGGCGCUUUGAGGAUCUGAAGAAGAAGACCUAAUCCUCCAGUAUCCCAUCAUGCUGUGUUGUCAGUCACCGCAGUUACAGGAUCAGGAAAUGUUUAAAUAUUUGGAUUGGCACCCUUUGCAGUGAAACUCUCCUCACUGUGUAGUUUUACUGAUGUAAACAUGGACUGUACCUCAUUCAAACACACGUGUCUGUCUGGCAGACUAAAGGUGAAGGCCCUUUAGAGGGCUAUUUGACAGUACAUUUUAUUAUCGACUACGUCCAAUCAAAACUGGACCGUAUAGAUGUCAUCUUUAUAUGAGCACUUUGGAUAUAAAAUGGCCUUCCUGAUAGUAACUAGUACUCUAUGUAACCUCUCAAUCUUUCUCGUUGUUAUGGUUGUCACCUAUCCCCUUGAGUCACAGUAUGAGACAAUAUUUGGUUAAUAAUCAAAUAGUCUUAACUAAUAGUGUCUCUCGU